AUGUCUUAAUAAAAAUAAACAGUUUUUAAUUAUAAUAAUGAAGAAAUGUAACAAAAUAAUUAAUAAUUAGCGGUGGCUGUUUGAUGUUGAUGUAUGAUUCAGAUGAUGAAGUAGAUAAAUUUAAUUAAAGUCUUUAAGAAAGUUAAAUCCAAUUAUAAAAAACAACUACAAAAAUGCAGCAAAUUUAAUUAUAGAAUAAUCAUCAUAUAAAAAAAUGA